GGGCAGCUAUCGCGUGUUCCUUGUGUAUUUGUUUAUUUAUUUAUUCGGUAAAACGCACAGUUCUUUUGGAAGUUUAACAGCGGUUGAAGGAAGUUCUUUUGCGCGCGUCUUCCGAGCAAGGCAGUGACACACUGAAGUUCACUAAUUUUUGUGCCGUGGAAGCUGCACCAAAGAACACACCUUGUGCGGUGUUUUACUUUUGGCUGAACCGAAGUCUUAUCACAAGAAGAGACGUACACCGGCAUGGUCACCACGAAGGGAGCCAAUCUAAACCCCAAUGCUAAAGUUUGGCAGGAGCUUCCUGCCUUCCAUCAUGACAUCCCAAAUGGGGCUGAGGGUUCCCCUUGGCUGCGCACUUGCCCUCCUCCUCCUCCUCCUGAGCUGACUGAUGGUUAUUCAGGUGAUCCCUCUGCAGAAGUGAAAGGACACAGCACUCAAUAUCCUGAAACCACAAAUGACAUCAUGAAUGGCAGUGAGCACCCUAACAUGAGAUAUUCACUUCGUGGCCCAUUGAGUGGGUCACCUGUAGAUGGUCUUAUGGAAAAGCAAGUGCCAAAUGAGAGUUUACGAGAGUCUUUAAAAAAACGGCUUGAGUUCUACUUGUCUAGAGAGAACCUUUCAACCGACCUGUACCUGUUAUCCCAGAUGGAUAGUGACCACUUUAUUCCUGUCUGGGCCAUUGCUGGCAUGGAAGACAUCAAAAUACUCACCGCUGACAUGGACCUAAUUGUGGACAUACUACGAGCAUGUCCCAUGGUGCAAGUUGAUGAAGCUGGUGAGAAGGUUCGACCAAACCACAAACGAUGUAUAAUUAUUUUGAGGGAGGUACCAGAGACCACACCGGUUGAGGAAGUUGAGGCCCUGUUUAAGAGAGAAAACUGUCCAAAAGUGCUAAGUGCUGAAUUUGCUCAUAACAACAACUGGUACAUAACGUUUCAGUCAGAUAUGGAAGCACUACAGGCUUACAGAUACUUAAGAGAAGAAGUAAAAAUGUUUCAGGGCAAACCAAUCAUGGCCCGCAUUAAAGCCAUUAACACCUUUUUUGGUAAGAGUGGGUACUGCAGUGCAAGCAGUGGUGUGUACAGUCAGCAUGCCCAGCCUGUGUAUGGCUCCUCCCACUACAUUCAGCAGGUCUACAGUCCUCAGCUUCAGUAUCCUUCAUACCCACUGGUCAGCCCAUCCUGGAACCCUUCAGUCCUGCCUUACUGCGAAACCCCACUGGCACCUUUUCCCAGUUGUGCCUUCUUGAAUGCUUACAGUGCUGGAACUGUGACCCUUGAACAGGCCUUAAGCAAGAGCCACAACCUUGUGAAGAAUUUCCAACAUCCCAGCAAUGCCCCCCCUUCCUCUGUGGCCCCAGGGUCCCAGUUGGAUACCAGUUGUGGUCAGUUUCAUCCACAGCUACCAGAGGUCUCAUCUUACACCAUUUCUGAGCCUAUCAUUAGUCCCUCCUUCUGCUGUAAAAGUGCCUCUGCACAGACCACGAUGAUAAAUACAAAUGUGGGUGUGGCUGGACGAAGCAGGUCUAGUUAUAGAGGUACAAAGAAAAGAGAUGAUCAUACCACGAAAUCAGGCUCACAGGUGAAGAAUGAGGUUCCUCCACGGCCAAAAUUUGACCUGGCAACCGCUAGUUUCCCUCCACUGCCCAGAUGUGUCAUUAGUGGACACGGACAAACUUCACCUGAAAUGUGCCUUUCUAAUUUGGUGCAAGGACUGGAGCCUGUAAUCAAAGAUGUUGAAGAAACUCAUCACAUAGCUGUCUCAGAGGAUCCUGUGAGCAAACAAAGUUCUGUGAUCUCAGCUACCAUAUCUAUUCCUGUGACAGUGCAGAUAGCAUCACCACCAGUUGCAAGUGGUCCUGCACAAGUAAUGGUGGAAAAUGCUGAACCUUCAACUCCAGAAAAGGCAACCUCUUCGUCUCAGCAGACUGUACCUUCAGUAGUUUCAGAACACGACGCUUCCACCUCAAGUCAGGCUGCUUCUACAGCAGCAGCAAAACCAGCUGUCGGCUCAGAACCAGAUACAAAGAAGCUCAGCUAUGCAGAAGUAUGCCAGCGGCUGGCCAAGGACCCACUAGUGACACAGACCAUCGCUGCCUCUCCACCGGCUUCCACGGCCAGCCAACCUCUCCAAGAGCUCAAAGUCAACAAGGUGGUAGAGGCUCAGACCUCAUCCAAGCAUUCUAUUGACAAACCAAAGAAAACCAGGAGAAAACCGGCCCCCUCGUCAACCCCUGCGCUCCUUCCGCGGGGCAAAUGGUCCAACUAG